CGCGCCCCCAUGUUUGAAUGGGAAAGCAAGAUGGCUGAAAUGCGAGGAAUGUGGUGUGUCCCGUGUCUAGCAUCAUUUGAAGUUCUCCAGGAGAUCUGCCGAACGGAGAAGCUCACCUGCUCCGCCCUGGGAAUCACCAAAAAGGACCUGAAGGAAUACGAGGUGGAAUAUCUGUGCGGAUACAAGAAAGAGAAGGGUAAGGAGUACUACUUUGUGAAAUGGAAGGGUUGGCCCGAAUGCACAAACACCUGGGAGCCCCGGAGGCACCUCCGUUGCAUCGGUCUGGUGAAGCAGUUUCAGGAGGACAAGAAGAAGUUCUUGGAGAAAGUGAAAAUGGCAAAGAAACUGAAGUUAAAUAACUGCAAAGAUUUCAAACUGGCAUUCUCGGAAUACAUCACCAAGAAGUCAAAGCAAAGGUUGGCGCUGAAGCGUUGGGAGGAGGAGCUCAACAGGAAGAAGAACCAUCGAGGGAGGAUCCUGGUGGAAAAUGAGGUAGAUUUUGAGCCUCCUCCUCUGGACUUCCAUUAUAUCAACCAGUACAAGCCCUCGCUCGGAAUAAACCUCAACAAAGACCCUCUGGUCGGCUGCGAGUGCUUCAACUGCCUGGAAGGGAAGUGCUGCCCGGAGGAGGCCGGGGCCCAGUUUGCUUACAAUGCAGAAUCCCGGCUGAAGAUCGCUCCGGGCAAGCCCAUCUUUGAAUGUAACUCUUGCUGUGCGUGCAGCUCUCAGUGUCCCAACAGGGUGGUGCAGAAGGGCACGCUCUAUGACCUCUGCAUCUUCCGAACUUCAGACGGACGAGGGUGGGGCAUUAAAACCCUCCAAAAGAUCAAGAAGAAUAGUUUUGUUAUGGAAUACGUUGGAGAGGUAAUCACCAGCGAGGAGGCAGAGAGGCGAGGGCGUUUCUACGAUAGUAAAGGCAUCACCUACCUGUUCGACCUGGACUAUGUGGAGGAUGAGUAUACUGUGGAUGCUGCGAGAUUUGGGAAUAUUUCGCACUUUGUGAAUCACAGUUGUGAUCCAAAUCUUCAAGUUUACAAUGUUUUUAUCGAUAGUUUGGACACGCGUCUCCCCAGGAUUGCACUUUUCUCGACACGCACCAUCAAGGCUGGUGAAGAGCUAACGUUUGACUAUCAAAUGAAGGGUUCGGGUGAUGUUUCGAUUACUGAGACCUCGGACGUCAAUGGGCCAACCAAAAAGCAGCGCAGGAUUGAAUGCAAAUGUGGGUCCCUGUCCUGCCGUGGUUUCAUGAACUGACCAGCAUCUGCGAGGAAGAAACUUUUUUUUUGUGUGUGUUUUUUUUAAGUAAGAGUAUGUGGAUCCUAAAAUGGGAGUUCUUGCGUAAUGACGCUUGAAGAGGUUGUGUCUCCACCAUGCAGAAAGGUGUCAUUCACAUUAAUCCUGGACUUGAGAGCAGGUCUAUGGGAUAGUUUCCCGGGAGAAAUUGUAUUACAGAGGCUAGUUGCUACUAUUUGUGACCUGCCUUGUAGCAGGUCACCAAAACAACUUCCAGGAUUGCUUAGCCCCUGGUAAGGAGUGACCUGCUUUAAAGAGCAUUCUCUACGUGAGUACUGUUCACAAUUCUGCAGGUUUGAUUUGGAAGUCGUCUUCUGCAAUAAAGCCUUCAAAAUUUUUUUUUGUUUAUUUGGAGGUGCCUAUCCAAGUUUGCUAGCUUGUGUGAGUAAAUCUGGCCACUGCAUAAUCAGCCUGCUUUGUGGAACUCCUUCAAAUUAUUGGCAGAAAAAAUAUUUCCAUCCUGUAUGAUGCAGCGGAAAUUGUGCAAGCAUUUCUUGGGUUGCUCUCUGCUCCAGAUCUCAGGUGUAUUGUUAAGGGGGAAAAGGUGUGUUUAUAGAUAAGUUAUGGCCAAAUAAUUCAGCACCAUUUUAUCCCUGCUUAAUGCAAAACAUUUCUUUAUAUCAAGGCACAUGCUUGCUCUUUAACCCUUCAAAGCAAGGAUAAUUUUUUCCAUGCAUAAUUGAAUGCAACAAAUUAAGAUCAGAACCCCAAAUUUAUUAAUCUUUUGUUAAGACAUUGCUAUUAAACUAUCAAGUCAGUGCUCCAUGCUAACUUUUUGCAAGCUUGCUUUUAAGGUCAGUCUUGUGACUCCUUCAUGCCGAUGAGUCCCUUUUAUACCGUAGAGAAAAUAUUCUUGAGGUAUUCUAAACUUCCAGAUGCAUCUUACACAUUAAUUCCGGGCGUAUAGUUUUACCUCAUCCAUCACAUUAAGGCCCGACAACAGAAAAUUUGCUAACAGCUGAUUGGAGAAGCAGUUCUGGAAUUAGUUUUGGGAGUGAGAGGGAUAUUUUGUCACUUUGCUUAGCAGUUAAUAAUAAUCUGGGAUUUUUCUUUCUUUGGUAUUGUCCUCUCUAUCGGGAUGCAAGGUUUAAGUUAGCUAAGGCAGUCAUCAAAUCUCCCACUGACUUUUCUGCCAAUAAUUUUUGAUGGAAAAGACAAAUGUCAUGAUUCUUAUUGCGAAAUUCUAUUUUUGUAUUUCUCGGAGCUGUUGUGCUUUGGAGGGUGUUCUCUUUCAAGCAGCAGUACAGUUUGCAGCUUCAGUUUGAGUAAGAGGCAUUGGCAGAGGACCGUUGUCUCCAACCACUUGGUGCUAGAUGUGUCACACUUUGUCGCGGCUGCGAGAAUUCCUGAAGUCUCUCGGAUAGAGCUGAGUUUCUGAGGUGGGCAAUGUUUGACCGCCCCAGCUUAUACCAGAAACCAACAACGGACUUCCACCCCGCUACGUGAAUAUGAAGAACAAUGUUUACAGAAUUAAUUAUUUUGUUUGAUAGUGUGUCGGGCAGGAGGAAUCUCCCUCUGAGCUCAGCCACAGUGAUGCUUGGGAACUAACGGAGAUAUAUUAGGUGCAUAGAAAAACAGGACAGGGAUUAAGAGAGCAUCUUUGACGAUGCAGUUCUGUGAUUCCUCCCUUUGAAAGCUCAUCUUAAGUAUCGGAGAGUUCUUCACUCUUGCCACAAUGCAGGACCUCCCUGUGGCAGGUGGGGAGGCGGAGGGACCCAUGGAGUGGCCCUCCUGAAGAUUUGCCGAGAAUCGCGGGGUGUGGUGGGGGGGCCACAGUAGCAUAGCUGUUAGUGCAAUUCCGGCGCACUCUGUCAGCAAGUUUGUACAUUCCUCCCACAGUCCAAAGUUAACCCCCAUUGGCAGGUUAAUUGUAGAUUGUCCCGCGGUUAGGCUAAGGUUAAAUAGGUGGUAUGGCUUGUUGGUCCAGAAGAGCCUGUUCUGUGCUGUAUCUCUAAAUUAAUUAAUUAAUUAAAGUUAAAAUCCCGUCCAACAAGUGAAACAGAAGGCCAGUUCCGUCCUUGUCCCUCUCCCCAAAUCUACAAUCAUCCAAAUUUCUCACCUUUCUGAAAUGAGCAUUGUGGGGAAUUGGCAGGAGGGAGAUUGGCCAUUUGGCAUGUGGUCAGAGAUGAUAUCCAAAUAUGACUUGGGGGACUGAUUGCUUUGAAGGGGUAAUGAGACCUCAGUAUGGAUAAAAUAAGUUUGGAUUUUUUUUUGUGUAGGAUUGUUUCAAGUCUUGUAUACCUCUUUGUACUGAGCUGUGAAUUGCAAAUUGGUGUAGAAUGUUUGCAUAAAAAAAUGAUAAAUGUAAGUGUUUCA